UGUAUGACAGAUAACCUCAAUAUUUCAAUCCACCUUGUAUUGUACUGUGUUGUUUUGAUUUGAUAUUAUACAAUUUAAUAUUUCAAUUCUCGAAAAUGAGUGAGGAAACAAUUGAAAAUAAUCCAAACAAGAAGCGGGUGAGGAAAAAGCGUAAGAAUUUCUUGGCGAAUGCGAAGAAAUAUGCCAAAAAAGGUCAAAUGGGUCGCGGUACUCGAAUGCCUGAUGAAUUAUACCAAUAUUUCGUUGGUAUUUUGGACGCAAUGAAACAAGGACUCGAAGACAGGGAAGAGAGAGUGGCACUUGUAAACAAUGUCCUGGAAAGAACAAAAGGUGAAGAAUUAAAUGUGGUUGGAAACCAGCUCGGAUGUCGCGUCAUAGAGAUACUCCUCCCGUACGCUUCUGCUGAGGACUUCGAAAGAUUCAUCGAAGUCCUAUCUCCAGAGCUACGUAGAUUAUGUUCAGAUAACUUUACGAGCCAUGUAAUAGAGACAAUGUUGCGUGUCGCAUGUAACAGGGCUACAGAGAGUCUGCAAAAUGUCCAAGAAGAGGAAAUUCCCAAGAAGAAGAAGAAGAAAGAGAAAUCAGAGACGAAAUACAGUGAAGAACAUAUUCAGAAAUGUCAUGAAUUCACUUUAAAGAUUUGUAAAUAUGCAUUGAAUAAUCUGGAAGAUUUCGUGUGGGACUCAUAUGCUAACCAUAUUUUAAGAAGUGCUAUUAAAUGUUUAAGCGGAAUAACAUUAUUACCCGGAGAAAAACCGAAAGUUAACAUUUUUAAAGAGACUGUCAACGAUAAUAAAGGUAUACCUCCACAUUUGACUGAUUUGGAGUAUAAAGUUGUACCCGAAGAGUUUAAAGAAUUAGUCAAAGAAUUUGCCAACCGUCUCUCACAAUGGCCACAGUUUAAAGACUUAGCGUAUGAAAAUUUAACUUCAGUGUUGUUGCAAGUUUUAUUAUAUGCUAUCAAAAAUGUUGAUAAGAAUUUAACAAAGAGUUUACUUAAAAAGCUCUUGAAUGAGAGCUUUGCACCGGAAGGUUGGGUUUCAGAAGGUGUGGAUGAGAAGAAGGAGGGUAAAAUUGAGAUUGGUGAUGAAGAAGUGGAGAAUGGAGAAGUUAAAGAAUUGAGCUUGCCGCCAGUGUUUAGCAGUCAGCCAGCGGUUAGGUUGCUAGAAGCAGCAUUAUUUGUGGCAAAGAAGAAGAUGUACACACAGAUCUACGCACGGUGCUUCAUCAAUCGCCUCGGUCAACUGGCAACCAUGCCCAUGCUAAAUUUCACCGUCCAGAGGCUCAUUGACAACUGUCAAAUCAAAGAAGAGUUCGAGCCUCAGUUCGACGAGCUGGCGAGGUCGCUGGGCGCGGCGCUCGCGAGCGGCAGCUCGGGCGUGCUCGUCGCGGUCGCGAAGGCUUGUGUCAGGAUCAAGGCGAGACAGAUGCAGUUCAUUCAUACCUUGGAAUCCGUCCUCAAGUGCCCCGCGGAGCACCAGAAGUACUUCUCCGUGCUGGUGCUGCGGCUAUUGCCCUCAGACCGGGUGGAGCUCAGCAAGCUGGACAAGGAAUACUUUAUAAAUGUGCACGGCUCCGUCAUCUUGCAGUGUAUACUGGAGUUUCAGCGGCCAGCGAAAGCCGUGAACAGCCUUCUAGAACUAUCUCCCGAAGAGCUCCUAGUGAUACUCUGUGACGCGAAGGGGUGUCACGUGACCGACGUAUUCUGCACCAGCCAGUGUGUCGGCGUCAAGGCCCGCGACAAGAUGCUAUGGAGACUCAAGGGUUACUAUCAAAAGCUGGCUUUGUCCCAAUACGGUUCCCGAUCCUUCGAGAAACUCUACGAGGCGGCCUCUAGCGAACAGAAAGUGAAGAUCAUGACAGAAAUAUCGGAUAAAAGCAAUCUAUUGAAUAGCACGCCGUUCGGUCGGCUCAUCGCUGGCAAACUUGAUGUGGACACGUUCAAACUUUCGCAGAAGAAGUGGGAGCAGACUCGGCUGAACAAAGACAAUAAAUAAUUAUGAUUGUUUGGUUUUAAUUUUAA